UGAAUGCAAAAAUUGCAUAUUAUAAAUUUUAAUCUCGCUUGAUAUUUGUAUUUUGAAUAUACUAUACGCUGCUUAAGACUUAGUGCACUGUCCUUUUUUGUAUUUUUUAUCGGCGUGAGCUCACGGCACCUUGAACUUGGAGAACUUCAUGUCAAACAACGAGAGUUUGCAAACGGCUAGAAGACGCCAAAAAGACAUCGGUCAGAAUCAAACUAGCGAAAAAGUGGAGUCCAAAGGCAGCGAGCAAGCUUCUUUGAAUAUUGUAGACGAAUCAAAGCCUAUCGAGCAAGCUGACAGCAAAGAACUCCUGGCUACGUUAAAUCCAAGAUGGAGAAAUUGGUGGAUCAGAACCAUAUUUACAUGGUUGAUGAUAAUAGCCUUUCUUUUUAUUCUAUAUCUUGGUCCUUUAGCCUUGAUCAUUUUGAUCCAGUUGAUUCAAAUCAAAUGCUUUCAUGAAAUCAUCUCAAUUGGUCACAAGAAAUACCAGAGUUUGAGUCUUCCUUGGUUCCGUACAUUGAGCUGGUACUUCUUACUUUGUAGCAAUUAUUUCUUUUAUGGUGAAAGUAUUUCAGAGUACUUCCAAGGCUUGCUUACUCACGAGCAUAUUCUUCUGCAAUAUCUUAUUCAAUAUCACCGGCUGAUCUCAUAUGGAUUAUAUUGUAUUGGAAUAAUGUUAUUUGUGAACAGCCUUAAAAAGGACUUCUAUAAGAAACAAUUUGCAUUGUUUGGUUGGACCCAUAUCACCCUUUUAGUUAUCGUCACUCAGUCGCAUCUUGUCAUACAGACAUUGUUUGAAGGAAUGAUAUGGUUCUUCCUACCAGUCUCAUUGGUUAUCUGUAAUGAUAUCUGGGCUUAUAUUUUUGGAUUUUUCUUCGGAAAAACACCAUUAAUAAAGUUGUCACCGAAGAAAACAUGGGAAGGUUUCAUAGGUGGUGGAGUCAUGACAAUUGUGUAUUCGUUUGUUGGUGUGUACAUAAUGUGUCACUUUGACUACUUUACUUGUCCAGUUGAGUACAACAGCGAGAGUAAAACGUUCCUCGCCUCAUGUUCGCCAGCACCUCUCUAUCAACUCACCAAAUAUCCGCUCCCUGCAUUCCUUCAUUAUCCUUCACAAAUGUUUGGUUUCCAGGAGGCAGUCAUUUGGAUGUAUCCAAUGCAAAUUCACGCUUUCUUCUUGGCUUUAUUUUCAUCUUUAAUCGCUCCAUUUGGUGGUUUCUUUGCAAGUGGCUUCAAACGUGCUUUCAAAGUGAAGGACUUUGGUGAUACAAUUCCUGGACAUGGUGGAUUGAUGGAUAGAUUUGAUUGUCAGUUACUGAUGGGAACAUUCACCUACGUCUAUCAUUUCACACUCAUAAGAGCUCCAAAUCCUGGGAAAAUCCUUCGUCAGAUCAUGUCCCUUUCGCCAGAGCAACAACUGUUGUUGUUUAAAAAGCUUCAAGAGGAGCUCACACAAUCUAAAAUGCUAGGACAAUGAUCUAUUUUAUUUAUAUCACUCUGUAUUAUAGAAGUAACUCGUGUAAUUUAUUUUUUUGAGUUAAGUUUUAUGAUCAUACCUAGUUCCAUUUUGAGUAAGAUUUUUUCAGGGCAUCCAGAACUCCAGGAAAACUCAGGAUGUCCCCCCAUCUAUUCUGUAAUAUGCUUCAAUAUUUCUUGAUUGAAGAUUUAAAUGAAUUUAGGAAAAUUUGAACUUGAAGUUAGGCUGUUACCAUUGAGAUGUAAAUCAUCUUAAAGAUCCAAGAUAGAGAAUCCAAGAUAAUUACAAGAUAAUAGACUACUUAAUGACCUGAGAAUAACAAGAAUAUAUGUGCAAUAACUUUAAUUUAACUUUUAACUAACUUAAAUCUUGUUGCCAAGAACAAUAUGCACUCAGAAUUAUUAGAAUAGAACAUACGAAAAUUAUUUAAUGCAAGGUUUUGUUAUUUUACUGUAAUACUGUAUUAAAUUUAUCACAA